GGCCAGGACUGCCAUGUGGUCACUCUCCUUCAGCUCUCCACAAACGGCGCGAGAGUCGAGCAGGAUGGAAGUCCACUCGCUGCACUGAGCGAGAGAAAUCAGAAGACAGACAUACUUCGACAGCUAAGCAAGAUCUUCACACAGGAUUCAAAUAGCGCUUUAGAACCAGACCCAGGACUAUUCCUGAUAGUGCCCGUUUCUCAUCGAAUAAAGGACUUCCAGGAAUGGAGUCGAUUCCCUGUCAGCUUCCAGCGGGACGAGAUUCCACCUCUUCCCCCAGCUCCAAACAAGAACUUCAGCCCUAUUCAGGCACCAGCUCCCUUAAACCCAACCAAGUCAGUGAGACAGCGUUAUACGGAGUACCAAUCGUUUCAUUGGUAAUAGACGGUCAGGAGAGACUUUGUCUGGCGCAAAUUUCCAACACCUUAUUAAAGAACUACAGCUACAACGAGAUCCACAAUCGGCGCGUCGCUCUUGGAAUCACUUGUGUGCAGUGCACCCCAGUUCAGCUCGAGAUCCUGAGGCGUGCAGGGGCAAUGCCCAUCUCCUCCAGGCGCUGCGGAAUGAUCACCAAGCGCGAGGCCGAGAGGCUCUGUAAAUCCUUCCUCGGGGCUCAUAGCCCUCCAAAACUCCCUGAAAAUUUUGCAUUCGAUGUAUCCCACGAAUGCGCAUGGGGAAGCCGUGGCAGCUUCAUACCUGCCCGAUAUAAUAGCUCUAGAGCUAAGUGCAUCAAGUGCACAUAUUGCAACAUGUAUUUUUCUCCCAACAAAUUCAUUUUUCACUCUCAUCGCACACCCGAGUCAAAGUACACACAGCCAGACGCUGCUAACUUUAACUCUUGGAGGCGCCAUCUUAAACUCACAGACAAAAACUCAUCUGAAGACGUGGCCCACGCGUGGGAAGAUGUGAAGGCCAUGUUCAACGGGGGCAGCCGCAAGAGGACGCUGCCAAUGAAUGAGUCUGAAAGUUCCUCCCCCCUGAAGCCACAGGGCCCCAGUAACCUUCCACAGAGGGCUUCACCCGAGGUCCCCCACAAAGCUCUACGCUGUGACGAGGACCGAGGUAGUCUGAGUUUAGCAAACGGUGUUCGCAGCUAUCCGGUCAUUCCUGUACCUAGCAAGAGUUUCGGGAUGCUGCAAAAGAUCCCGCCACCGCUUUUCCCUCAUCCGUACGGAUUUCCGGCUUUUGGAUUGUGUCAAAAGAAAGAUGACGGCGUAGGAAUGGGUGAGCAAAAUAAGACCAAUUUGUCAGGUGUGUUUUGGCCUGCGCCUAAGGACAGCGUUUACCCGUCUUUCCCAAUGUUUUGGCCGACAGCAGGUAGCCUGCCCAUGCCGUCUUACCCCCAGUCACAACCGAAACCUCCCACAGAGCUGAUAAACGCCCGGCAGAACGAGCUAGACAUGUCGGAGCAGAGCGACCGGAGCACUAACACGCCAAAGGACAGUAUGAUGGACAGCGAGCGGUGCUCCAGCACUCAGUCCACCAGGAAUGAGGAGGACAAAUCCGGGGAUGAGACCAGGUCAAUGGAAGGUGUCCCAACCCCGAGAAAAAUGAGCUACAUCUCUGCUUUCAGACCCGUUGUCAAAGACGCAGAGAGCAUAGCCAAGCUUUACGGUAACCGAGACACCUACAACGGAGCUCGUUCCGGCUACCUGUCCCCAGAUUUCAUGAGCGAGAGCUCUAGCUAUAGGUCCGUGUCACCGGAUGUGGACAGUGUAGACGAGCCGGACGUGGAUGUGGAGUCGAACAGGGCACAGGAAGACGAAGAAUCUAUCCAACUUUCCGUGGAGGACCGUCAGAGCCCCCCAGCCCUGGCCCUCUCUCAAGCAAGUCCACAAAAGAGCCAGGAAUCGGAGGCCGAGAGCGUGCCUGCUCCUCAGGACCCCCAGAGAGCGAGUUUUACUGAGACAGCAUCCGCGCAGGAAGAGAUGCAGAGCGAGCAGGUGGCGGAGAGCAAUAAGAAUCCAUCUGUGUACGAAGUGUACACACAUGAAAGGGAUGAUCUCAUUCAACCGCUGAACGCCCCAUCUACUUUCGGAUCAACAGCCAAUUACCAAUGCGGCUCGCUGGAGUCCAGCGGCGAAGAGGCUGGUAGCAGUGAUGUCCGCAGAGUCCAUCUGAUUGAAAAAGAUAUAGAGAAAAUGGCUAAAGAUGAAUUGCAGAAACAACUCGUGGAGCAGGUGGAGCUCAGGAAAAAGUUGGAACGAGAAUUUCAAAGUUUGAAAGAUAAUUUUCAGGAUCAAAUGAAAAGGGAGCUUUCGUGCAGAGAAGAAAUGGUCCAGCAGCUUCAGAUUGUCCGAGACACAUUGUGCAGCGAGUUGGACCAGGAGAGAAAGGCCCGCUAUGCUAUUCAGCAAAAGCUUAAAGAAGCUCACGACGCACUACACCAUUUCUCGUGCAAGAUGCUAACCCCGCGCCACUGCACCGGAACAUGCUCAUUCAAACCUCCUCUGCUGCCACCGUAGCUCUUCCGCUCCAAAUCUUGAACCCGUGACGUCACA